AUGGAGGACUCGUCAGGCAAAACGGCGUCGUCGCACCUCCACGUCAGCGUAGUGGUGGCGGUGAGCAUUUUAUUUCUGAUCAUAACACUGACGAUCGCAUCGUACUGCAGCACUCGCAGCCGUCAGAUGCGCCUCCGCAGCGAUCAAUAUCCCACCAUCGAAGGCGGCCCGGUCUCGAGUACGGUGGUUGUUAUGGAGGAGGCGGUUCUGGAGAGAUUCCCGAAGGUUCUCUAUUCAGAAGCAAAGCUGAUCAGAAACGAAUUAGGAAAUAACAAUUACAGCACGUGCUCGGUGUGUUUAGGGGAUUAUAGAGAGAGCGAUGAGGUGAGAAUAUUGUUGCCUGGUUGUGGCCAUGCUUUUCAUCUCAACUGCGUCGAUUCCUGGCUUCGCCUCCGUCCUACGUGUCCCUUGUGCCGUCAUCAGCUCCAUUCUUUGUCUACAUCCCCCAUCUAA